AGCGUCCCUUUUCUUCAGUUGACGCUCUGAUCAACAACAAUCUUUAACGGCUCCACUCGAAUGUUCUACUAGAUGGAACAGCCUCCUGACCCUUUCGAACACGAUGACUAUACGGUCGCAUGCAUCUGCCCCAUGGGCGUCGAACUGGCAGCAGUGAAAGGAAUGCUUGAUGAAACACACCCGAACCUUCCCCUAAAACGCGAUGCGGCGAGCUACGCGUUCGGCAACAUUGGCGAACAUAACAUUGUCAUCGCCGUUAUGCCUGAGACUGGCACGAAUCGCGCUGCCCAAGUUGCACUCCAGCUCCUAAACGACUUCCGCUCCAUCAGGUUCGGUCUACUGGUGGGGAUCGGAGGAGGCGCCCCGAGCGAAAACCACGACAUCCGACUUGGCGAUAUCGUUGUCAGCAAGCCAACAGAUACAUUUGGAGGCGUUGUCCAGUAUGACCUGGGGAAGCGAACAGCUGGAGGACGGUUUGAGAGGACAGGGUCGCUAAAGAAACCACCAAGUGUGCUUUUAGCGGCUGUACAGCAGCUAGAGGCCAAACAUCGCAUGGAAGAAAGCGAGAUCCCAGCACAUCUGGCCAAGAUGCUGGAUAAAUACCCCAAGAUGAAACGUGGAGGGUACAUCUUCCCAGGAGCGGGGGAAGACACUCUCUAUGAUUCUGACUACGACCACAAGACCGGAAAUACGUGCAGCGGCUGCGAUCGAGGCAGGCUCGUCAACCGCUGUCACCGCGAUGAUAAUACACCAGAGAUAUUCUACGGCACAAUCGGCUCUGGUAAUGCGGUUAUCAAAGAUGGGACAACUAGGGAGAAGCUAAGGCGUGAUCUCGGCAUCUUGUGUGUGGAAAUGGAGGCAGCAGGCCUGAUGGACACCUUUCAAUGUCUUGUCAUCCGCGGCAUCUGUGACUACGCGGACUCCCAUAAAAACAAGCGAUGGCAGCCAUACGCUGCCGCGACUGCCGCUGCAUACAUGAAAGAGUUUCUCCUCAUGAUCCCUGCCGUCCAUGUCAAGGAGACAACUGAUAUUAACCAUUAUCCUUGUACAGAAUUACCAAGGCAUCAUGUGCAUUUCUCCCUAAAGGGGAUUCCCGCCAUCAACCAAUUCAUCGGACGUCAAGCGGAUAUCAAGCGGAUUGAAGACUUCUUCGAACCGGGGAAGGGAACCCAGUCGCGCCGUAAGGUCUUCGUAUUAUACGGCAUGGGUGGGAUUGGCAAGACACAAUUAGCGGUUGAGUACUUGCGCACGCACCAGAAUGAUUACUCAGCAAUCUUCUGGCUCGACGGCUCAUCCGAGGAGCAGCUAAGGCAGUCACUCGUAAAUUCUGCUUUCCGGAUUUCCCAGGAAGAAUUGAAGGCCGAUACCUUAGUCGCUCUUAGAGACUCUACAACUGAGAAAGGGGUCGUAGUGAGAGGAGUCCUUCAAUGGUUGUCAAUCCCCACAAAUACCAGAUGGUUACUUGUUUUGGAUAAUGUGGACUAUGACUACCUCUCUAAGCCCCAUGACCCUGGUGCAUUUAAUAUCGAAGAAUAUUUCCCAGAUAUUGAUGGGGGGUCAGUGUUGAUCACGAGCCGAUUGAAAAUCUUACGCCAACGGUUUAAAAACGGGUUAGAGGUCGGCCAAACAAAUAGCGACGACUCAAAAGGAAUUCUUACGAACAAUGCUGGCCGGACGAUUCAAGACUCAGAUACUCUCGUAAAACGACUCGACGGACUUCCUUUAGCUCUUGCUCAAGCUGGAGCAUAUAUUGGGUUGAAUGGUAUGACAGCAACUCAAUAUCUGAAGCACUAUGAAGAUACAUGGACAGAGCUCAUGGAGAACCACGAAAAAUUCUCCGUACCCGAGUACCAGAGCAGGACUGUUCUAACAACCUGGAAACUGUCCUAUAAUCAGGUUAAGGAUAAAAACGAUGAGGCAGCCGGCUUGCUUAAGCUUUGGAGCGUGCUCGACCCAUCUAACUUGUGGUUUGAGCUUAUCGAGGCUGUUCAACAAAUACAUAAGGAGAACAAUAUUCCCAUCUGGCUGCAAACACUUGCCAAAAAGCGCCUUCGCUAUGAUACAGCGAUGGGUAUUCUCACACAGUAUUGUCUUGCAAGAAAGAUCGAAGGAGUUGAUGGACACUCAAUGCAUCCAGUACUUCAUACGUGGUGUUUUACUUUGGCAGAAAGGGAAGAAAGAGAGUGCCUAAAAUGGGUUGCAGCAUGCAUUGUUGCAGCAGUAGUGCCUAAAGAUGAUCAUCCAGAUGCGUGGAAGAUACAAAGACGGAUCUACCCGCAUGGAAACUGGGUAUACCAGGGGAUUCAAGAUGCUCAAGAGCUAGUAAACGAUGUCAAAGCCGAUGUCUAUUUUGAUAUGGGACUGCUAUUCUCAUAUCACUCAAAACUACAAAAGGCCGAGCAGAUGUACCGGCGGGCGCUCGAUGGAAGAGAGAAGGCACUCGGGCCGGGCCAUACGUCGACGCUCAACAC